AUGGAGGAGAUUAUUUUUACUGAUAUCAUCAAAUAUGUCUCAAAUAAAAUCGCUAAUCUUGAGCAGGAUGCCGGACUUUUUUUUAACUUAUGCGUUAAGCUUAAUAAUGAUACAUUGAUCACUGCUCAUCACAAUAUGAAACUCUUGGUAAGAUUGAUAGUAGACGAGAUCGAAGAAGGUGACGGAUAUAAAUGGAUGUUUACAACUAGACCUACCAUAUCAGUACAUCAUUCUGGUAUUG